CGAGAAUUGAGCCGUGUUGAUUCUUAGAACUGGGGUUCUUAGAAGUGGUGAUGCAAGGAGUUUCUAGGAAAGCCCGGAGACCAGGUUUGAAAGAAACUUUUGGACUGUGAAUUAAGGCACUGGGCUCAGGAUGGCCUCUCCGGCAGACAGCUGCAUCCAGUUCACCCGCCACGCGAGCGACGUCCUCCUCAACCUCAACCGGCUUCGGAGCCGGGACAUCCUGACCGAUGUGGUCAUCAUCGUGAACCGGGAACAGUUUAGAGCCCACAAGACGGUCCUCAUGGCCUGCAGCGGCCUCUUCUACAGCAUCUUCACCGACCAGCUCAAGUGCAACCUGAACGUCAUCAAUCUGGAUCCCGACAUCAACCCCGAGGGGUUCUGCAUCCUCUUGGACUUCAUGUACACUUCCCGCCUCAACCUGAGAGAGAGCAACAUCCUCGCCGUUAUGGCCACAGCCCUCUACCUGCAGAUGGAGCACGUGGUCGAUACCUGCCGGAAGUUUGUCAAGUCCAGUGAAGCGGAGAUGGCCAUGAAGAUGCCCCGGGAAGAUUUCUUGGCCGGCCGGAUGCUGAGCCAUACGGAGAUGAUGGGAUACAGGGCCCGAGACGUCUCCGAGAGCAACAUGCCUCUCCGGAACGGGUCCCUAUGCGACAGCAGAGCGUUCGCCCCCGCCUUGUACAGUGGCCUGUCUGGGUCCCCCCUUUCCUACACGGGAUACAGCCCUAUCCCCCUGAACGGCUUCCUCCUUGACGAUGACCUGCGGGAGGUGAGGAUGCCGCUGUCGGACCUGUCGAGAGCCAACCCCUUCCCGAAGGAACGGGCGCUGCCCUGCGAGACCUCCCGGACCGUCCCGACCGAGUACACGCGGGCCGUCACGGACGUCUCUGCCAACAUGUGCCACACCACCGUUUAUUCCCCAAAGGACAUAGCCACUGAGGAGGCGAGGGGCGACGUGCACUAUAGCGUCGCUGCUGGCCCCAAACCCAUCGCGCCGUCCGUCCGAAAUAACCCCUACUUCGCUUGCGACAAGGUGGGCAAAGAGGAAGAAAGGACGUCUUCGGAAGACGAGAUCAGCCAGCACUUCGAGCCCACCAACACGCCCAUGAACCGCAAGGGGCUCAUCAGCCCGCAGAGCCCCCAGAAGUCGGACUGCCAACCCAACUCGCCCACCGAGUCCAGCAGCAGCAAGAACGCCCGCAUCGGGCAGGGCUCCGGCUCGCUGGCCACCAAGAGCCCCACCGACCCCAAAGCCUGCAACUGGAAAAAGUACAAGUUCAUCGUCCUCAACUCCCUCAACCAGAGCACCAAGCAAGAGGGGGCCGAGCAGAGCGACAUGGGGACUCUCUCGCCUCGCUCCUACAUGCCCCUCUCGAACUGCCAGCAGUCGAUGGAGCCCGAGACUCUGGACGUCCAGUCCCCGACCAAGAUGAGCGUGAGCGGGGAGGACUCCACCAUCCCACAAGCCAGCAGGCUCAACAACAUUGUUAACAGGACGCUGGAUGGGUCCUCUCCAAGCAGCGACGGCCAGUCCCCGCUGUACAUGCACUCGUCCAAAUGCAGCUCCUGCGGCUCUCAGUCCCCCCAGCAUUCAGAGAUGUGCCUUCACACCCCCGGCUCGACCUUCGGCGAGGAGAUGGGGGAAACCCAGUCCGAAUACUCAGACUCGAGUUGCGAAAACGGCGCCUUCUUCUGCAACGAGUGUGACUGCAGGUUUUCGGAAGAGGCUUCUCUCAAGAGACACUCCCUGCAGGUGCACAGCGACAAGCCGUACAAGUGCGACCGGUGCCAGGCCUCCUUCCGCUACAAAGGGAAUCUCGCCAGCCACAAAACCGUUCACACAGGGGAGAAACCGUAUCGGUGCAAUAUCUGCGGCGCGCAGUUCAACCGACCGGCCAACUUGAAAACCCACACGCGCAUCCAUUCAGGGGAGAAGCCCUACAAGUGCGAGACCUGCGGAGCCAGAUUUGUCCAGGUCGCUCAUCUCCGUGCGCACGUGCUCAUCCACACGGGCGAGAAACCGUACCCCUGCGAAAUCUGCGGCACGCGCUUCCGGCACUUACAGACCCUCAAGAGCCACCUUCGAAUCCACACGGGAGAGAAACCGUACCAUUGUGAGAAGUGUAACCUGCAUUUCCGCCACAAAAGCCAGCUGCGGCUGCAUCUCCGGCAGAAACACGGCGCCAUCACCAACACCAAGGUGCAGUAUCGCGUCUCCACGACAGAGGUGCCCCCAGAGCUGCCCAAGGCGUGCUGAAAGCGGACGGGUGGCAUCGACAAUGUCCAAAGGCUACUUGUAACACUUUACAAUGUUCAUCACGUGAUGGAGUGCCUCUAAGCCCAUCGUGCAGAUAGGUGAAAAACAAAUAUUAACACACACACACAUACACACACAUACACACAAAAAAGACAAAAAUACACGGGUUUUAUUUUUCCCAGUUAUGUGAAAGUAAAAUAAUAAUAAUAAUAAUAAUAAAAUUAUUCAGAUCUUUUUUGUGUAUAAGAGAGGAAAAAUAACAAUAGUCCUUUUACAUGUCUGUGCAGUGGAGUGUUGAUAAUCUCUGGAGUUUGACCUUCACAGCCUGAAGAUGAGGAAUGUAAUUUUUUUUUUUUUCGGGGGGUGGGGAGGGAACAAUUUUGGUUUCUUUUUUUUGUAUGCAAAACGUGUGCGUUUUUGUUUUAAAGAGAGAUGAAUUGUGUAUGCUAUGAAAGACAGGGCUUUAAUGUUUUUAACCAAAGGUGAAGGAAUCUAUGACAGAGUUGUAAAUAUAUAGAUAUAUAUAUAUAUAUAUAUAUAUAAAUAAAUAAAUAUAUAUAGCUAUAUAUA